AUGGGUGUCGAUUUCGAUGUGUUAGAAUUUUGUAAAAAAUUAAAAAAUUCUAAAGCACCACCUUAUCAGUGUCCAGUUGCAGAAUGUGGUCGUACUUAUAGGAGUUUAUGUGGUAUGCAAUAUCACCUAAUGAAUUUCGAUCAUAAUAAUCCUGGUUCUUUCUUAACUCCAGCAAAGCAUAAAAAGAAGGGACGUUCUAGUCAGAAACCUCCUACUAACACAUCAGAAUUAUUAACUCCUGUCAUAAGAGAAGUUCUUACUUAUGCAGAAGCACAAAAAAUUGUCGAAUUUGAAAUUGAUAGUCGAGCUGUUAGGGUGGAAAUAAAUGAACCGAUUCCUGUCAUAUCAAAACAAGAAUAUGAUAAAUUAUAUUCAACAAUUGAAAGUAGAAGUGCUAGAAAUAACAAUAGGAAUGAUAUGAUUUCUAAAUCGGAAGAAUCAAAGUUAAAAUUGCCAGAGCCGAGUUUUGUUAUCCUGGAUACAUACAAUAUUCCCGAUGCACCACCAAGACCAAAUUCAUAUAUCAGAUUUAUUGAGAGGUCUCCUGAUGAACUAGAUGGCGAGGUAGAAUACGAUUUAGAUGAAGAAGAUUGCGCCUGGUUGAGUAUAAUAAAUGAAAGAAGAUCAGAAGCUGGCUUGCCUCCAGUGCCUGUUGAUACCUUUGAGUUACUAAUGGAUAGACUUGAAAAAGAAUCUUAUUUUCAGAUGGCAAAUAGCAAAAGUACAGAAUGUGGCAUGGCUGAUGAUGAUGCAGUAUGUUGUAUAUGCAUGGAUGGAGAAUGUCAAAAUACAAAUGUUAUUUUAUUUUGUGAUAUGUGUAAUUUGGCAGUUCAUCAAGACUGUUAUGGAGUGCCAUAUAUACCAGAAGGACAGUGGUUGUGCAGGAGAUGUCUUCAAUCACCUUCGAGAGCAGUGGAUUGUGUUCUUUGUCCUAAUAAUGGUGGUGCUUUUAAACAAACUGAUCGUGGUCAUUGGGCCCACGUAGUUUGUGCUUUAUGGAUACCAGAAGUGCGCUUUGCUAAUACUGUAUUUCUUGAGCCUAUAGAUUCUAUUGAAACAAUUCCUCCGGCACGAUGGAAGCUGACUUGUUACAUUUGUAAACAAAGAGGUGUUGGAGCUUGCAUUCAGUGUCAUAAGACCAAUUGCUAUGCCGCGUUUCACGUGACUUGUGCACAACACACAGGUCUUUUUAUGAAAAUGGACACGGUUAAAGAAAACUUUAACGCAAAUAGUGAUCACGGUCCCAUCAUGGUACAAAAAACAGCUUACUGCGAUGUUCACACUCCACCCGAUGCCGAACAUCGUCCUCGCAUUCCUCAAACUCCAGUAUUACCAACAUCACCCAAAGAAAAAGAUGAAUCGAAGCAAAAAAUGAAGAAAGCUAGAAGAAUUCUUGCUAAGAAAAGAUCUGCCGUACCUGUUAUAUCUAUUCCCACGAUUCCGCCCGAUCGAAUACAAGAAAUAGGAUCCCUCGUAACUCUAGCCAAAAAAUCACAAUUUAUUCAAAGGCUAAUAGCUUAUUGGACUCUCAAGAGACAGUUUAGAAAUGGCGUUCCAUUAUUACGUCGCCUUCAGAGUACUCAUUUGGCGAGAAGAGAAGAUGGAAAACUUAUCACCGAAUUGGGUGAAUUUUAUCAUCAAAUAAAAUACCUUCAAUGUCUUCGUCAGGAUUUGGAGAAAGCUCGUUUGUUGUGCGAAUUGGUUAGAAAGCGCGAAAAGAAGAAAAACGAGUAUACGAAAGCUAAAGAAGCUUGCUCCAUGGUUGAACUCUGCCCUAUGAAAUUUUUUUUGACGCGAGUUUGGGAAUUGAUUUCCGCCAAGGACACGAACGCCAUAUUUAUGGAACCGGUGGAUUUAAAAGAAGUUCCCGAUUACACGGAUGUUGUGAAGCAACCGAUGGAUUUGUCGACGAUUAAAUUGAAAAUAGAUAAUUUCGAAUAUUCAUCCAUCGACGACUUGGAAAUGGAUUUUAACUUGAUGAUAUCGAAUUGCUUGGCGUACAACGCGAAAGAUACAAUUUUUUAUCGGGCAGGACUUAGGAUGCGGGAUCAGGGAGGAGCGAUAAUAAGAGCGGCUCGAAAAGAUGCCGAAAUAUCUGGAUUGGAUGAAGACACCGGUCUUCUUUUAGAACCCGGAACAAUAAAGUCUAGCAAAUUGUCGGAAGAGAAAUUGGUCAAAGAAAUAGAUUCUCAACUGGAAAGUCUUAAAUCUGAUGAUUUGGCUUUGGAAGAAAGAAUGAUCAAGCUCAUGAAUUUAGCCGAUCAAGCGCAAAUAUUAAAACAAGGUCUCGCCAAGAAUAAACGAUGCAGGUUAAUUAAAAUGGAAAUGACGAAGCUUAAACGUCAAGUCGCCAUGUUGAACUCGUCAAAAAAGCUAGAAGCUCAAAAAAUGCAACAGGAAGUGGUGGUGGAAGAGAGUAGGAGUGAAAGUUACGGUAUAAGCACCGAUAGUGAUAGUUCAAGUAGUGAAAAUAAACCUUUGAUGUCGCCUUUGAAAAGGAAAUCGGGGAAAAAAAGACUUAUGCGUAAGCGGCUACGAGGAGGAGGUGGAGGAGGAGGAGGAGGAGGAAGAGGAGAUUCGUCAAACGAUGAAUCGGAUGCAAAACCCAUGAAAGUUGAUGAAUCUUUGGACAGUAGUAAUUUAACAGAUGCCAAAGUUUCUUCUCCUUUUAAAUCCGAACCUUCGACACCGGUGAAAUCGACCAGCGUUAUAAAUGGUGAUACGGCCACCGUAUCUCCUUCUGGAGUGAACAGGCGAACUGCCGUUUUAUUCACGAGAAAGGCACAAGCAGCCGCAUCAGCUUUUAAAAAACCUGAUAUUUCGUCUGGAUUGGCCCCUAGCAGUCCGGGAAAAAAAAGAAAAGGAAGACAAGGUAGACCUAAAAAGAAUUUGAGUUCAAAUUCGAGCAAGUGCCAAAACGUUCCCGGUGGUAGAGACGAAUUAUCGAUUCCCUGUUCCGACAGUUUUAGAGUCUACAGAUCGGGAGGAGGUAUUUUAUCAUCAUUUCACCACGAUAAAUUUUACCCGUUCGAAAACUUUUCCUUUUGUGAUAACGUUUCCUUUCGUUUUCAAGACAUACCGCAGGAAACGGACGAAGACACGCAGACUGAAUCAUCUUGCUCCAGUUGUUCCUCGGGGAGCGAAGGAAGUUCUAGUUGUUCCUCUGGGAGCGAAGUAGAAAUGGAAAAUAAUGCAAAUUCAUCGUCCGAUAAUGAAGACGAGGAAGAAGAAGAAGAUGACGACGAUGACGAUGAUGAUGAUGAAGAUGACGAUGACGAUGAAGAAGAAGAUGAGGAAGAUGACGACAAUGGUAAUGAUUCGGUAAAAGAAGAAGAAUCUUCUCCGGAACAUGUUUUGGAACCUCUCGAUUUAGUUUGGGCUAAAUGUCGGGGUUACCCCUGGUAUCCGGCAUUGAUAAUUAAUCCGAAAAUGCCGCGAAAUUACGUUCACAACGGCGUCCCUAUUCCAGCUCCUCCAGCAGACGUUUUAGCACUUGCCAACAGUUAUACAGAACCUGUUUAUCUCGUUUUAUUUUUCGACACGAAACGAACCUGGCAAUGGCUUCCGAGAAACAAAUUAGAAUUAUUAGGGAUUUCAUCGGAAGUCGACGAAAUGAAAUUAACGGAAUCCAGGAAACCGACGGAUCGUAAAGCCGUACGAAAAGCAUAUCAGGACGCUCUCCUUCAUCGAUGUCAAGUCGAUCAGAAUAAAAUUCCCAAUCAGGGAACGAGUUGA